UACAUACAAAUUAAAAGUACCAGUUUGUUCACAAAUCUCACGAGACCAACAACAAUCAUGACGGACGUGGAUACGAUGGAAGUUGACCCUCAACCAACUGAAGACGAAGUAGUUGAUUUAACAGAAGAAAGUAUCGAACCAGACAUACCAGAACCAGAUCCAGAGACCCUGGCAGAAAACAAAAAGGAAGAAGGGAAUACAUACUAUAAACAGAAAUUAUACCAACAAGCCUUGUCAUGUUACUCAGAUGCAAUAAAUCUAUGUCCAAAGUUUGCAGCUUACUAUGGAAACAGAGCAGCUACAUAUAUGAUGUUAAGUAAAUACAAAGAUGCUUUGGAAGAUGCACGACAGUCUGUCAAAUUAGACGAUGCAUUUGUUAAGGGAUAUAUGAGGGAAGGAAAAUGUCAUUUAGCCCUGGGCGAUACUAUGGCUGCAGAAAGAUGUUACAAAAAAGUUUUAGAUUUAGAAACAGGGAAUAAAACUGCACAGGAAGAUUUAAAAUCAACAAGUGCAGUAAGAGAAUAUGAAAAUAUGGCAGAAACAGAUUUUACGAAAGGAGAUUUUAGAAGGGCUGUGUUUUGUAUGGACCGAUGUAUAGAAAGAUGUCCAGCAUGUCACAGAUUUAAAAUCAAGAAAGCAGAAGCAUUAACAUUGUUAGGUCGAUACCAGGAAGCACAGGAACUAGCUAAUGAUAUGUUACAAAGAGACAAUUUAAAUGCAGAUGCUAUUUACGUACGAGGAAUGUGUUUAUAUUAUAAUGACAAUGUAGACAAAGCAUAUCAACAUUUUCAAAAAGUUUUAAGACUAGCACCUGAUCACAGUAAAGCAAAAGAAAUUUACAAGAAAGCAAAAGCACUAAAUGCCAAGAAAGAAGAAGGGAACAAAGAAUUCCGAGCAGGACAUUUACAGGCAGCUUAUGAUUUAUAUUCUGAAGCUCUUGCAAUAGAUCCGUUUAACAAAUUCACAAAUUCGAAACUAUAUUGUAAUAGAGGCACAUGUAGUGCAAAGCUUGGUAAAUCACAGCAAUGUAUAGAUGACUGUACAAAAGCUGUAGAAUUGGAUGAUACUUAUCUUAAAGCAUAUUUACGGAGAGCUAGAAGUUAUAUGGAUAUGGAAUUAUAUGAAGAAGCAGUUCGUGAUUAUGAAAAAGUAAAUAAAUUAGACAGAAGUCGAGAAAAUAAAAGAUUAUUACAAGAGGCCAAAUUAGAAUUGAAAAAGAGUAAACGAAAAGACUAUUAUAAGUUGUUAGGUGUAACUAAAACAGCCACAGACGAUGAAAUUAAAAAAAGUUAUAGAAAACGAGCUUUAGUACAUCAUCCAGAUCGACACAGUCAUGAUACACCUGAAAAACAAAAAGAUGAAGAAAAAAUAUUUAAAGAAAUAGGUGAAGCAUACAGUGUUUUAUCCGACCCUAAAAAGAAAGAACGUUACGAUAGCGGUGCUGAUAUAGAUGAUUUAGAGGGUGGAGGAGGCUUUGAUCAUAUAGACCCAAAUAUGAUAUUCCAGCAAUUUUUUGGAGGAGGUGGAAAUGGUUUUUCAUUUGGUGGCAACAGUGGUGGUCAUGGUGGUGGAGGUUUUCCUGGGGGAUUUAGUUUCCAGUUUGGAUAAAAAUUAUCAGCUAAUUAAGUCCAUGAGGAGUUUUAAGAACUUUAAAGAUUUGAUAACGAAAACAGUUUUAUUUAAGAAUACAUGCUGUGUGUGUGAUGUUUUCUGAAGAGAACAAGAAUACAUUAAGUUUUAAAAUGUAUUCCUGUGUUGUGAUUGGUUAAUAUUUAACCAAUAACUUUUGAAUACAUACCAUAUGUCUAACUUUUUGAAAUUUAAUGUAUUUAGACUUUUUGAGUGCAUUGAAUUUUUUUGAAUGUGUCCUGUUGUGUGACUGGUUAUUUCAACGAUGAAUGAUGUAUACGGUUAGAUAUUUCACCAAUGAAUUAUGUAUACAUGCUGUAUGUGUGAGAUUUUAUAAGGCAUCCUCCUAUUUUGUGACUUGUUAGAUAUUUCACAGAUAAGUUCUGUAUACAUCCUGAAUGUGUUUUGUAUACAUGCUGUAUGUGUUUUGUAUACAUGCUGAAUGUGUUUUGUAUACAUGCUGAAUGUGUUUUGUAUACAAGCUGAAUGUGAUUUGUAUAUAUGCUGUAUGUGUUUUGUAUACAUGCUGAAUGUGUUUUGUAUACAUGCUGAAUGUAUGAGAUUUUAUAAUGACAUCCUGAGAUGUACUGAAUUUUAGAAAUUGAUCCUCUGUUUAUGUUAUGAUAACAUCAGUAUUUGUUGUGCACCUAUUAAUUACUCACAACCUUUUAAGGAGGAGGCCAUCAGAUAAUUUGUUUAUCCAUUGAUUUAUUUAUUAUUCACUGACAAUAAUGCAACGUAAGAUGUUUUUUUUUCUUGAAUCCACACACAAUUUGGGUAUCAGUUGCUGAAAAAUUGUGUUACAUGUGUGAAAUUUUCUUUGAAUUGGUAGAAUUUUUAAACAUAUAUCAUGUAAAAUAUAAACAUAUCAAUCCAAUAAAAAAACUUCGUCUGAUGAUUUAAGAAACUUUUUUUCUUUUAUUUUUUAUCGAAGAUUUUAAAAAUCCCUAACAUUUGUAUUUCAUGAAAGUCAUGUGUCAUGUAUAUUUAGAAUGCUGAAAUACAUAAAAGGACAAAAAAUUACCAAUGAUAUUAUAUGAUAAAAAAUUGAAUAAAUGUUAUGUAAGAAUUAUGUUUGCCUGUAUUGGUUUUAAAUAUCAAAUAUUUCACUAUUUAUGUUUUUUUAACUGUCCUAAAAAUUUUAUGAAAUGAACAGUUGUGUAUAAAUGUCCAAAGUGUACAGAAUUAAGUAGAGAACAGAGUCAUAUCCGCAAAGAACGAAAUGGCAGAUAUGACAGUUUUGAUUAGAGAACGGUGUUAUUUUUACACUUUGUUUCUGUAAUCAAGUAAUAUGAUAGGUGACUAUCAAAAUGAUUAGUCAGGAAGAUCAUUUUAAUGGUUUUGUGAGAUAUAUGUAACUAGUCUUUCUGACCCGUCUACUUUAAGAACAUAAUACAUGUCAUAUGAAUGUUUAUUAUAUGGGGAUUGAUGUUGCUGAUGUUUUAUUUACUUCUGUGAAGCCAAUGAAUUAUAUUAAUUUUGUUACCAAACCUUGUUUUUAAAUUGAUUGGAAAUCUACAGAUCAUAUUGCUUUCUAAGGUUACUGUUAAUUCAUUUAUUUUGGUGCAUAUCAAUUUUCGUGGAUUGAAGAAAAAUUGUAUUUUUUGUGAACUUUUGCCAAGGUCUGCCAUAAAAGCCCAUAAAAAAUUUAUACUUUGUUGAACAUUGAAAUUUGUGGUUUAAUUCUACCCACGAAAAACCAUGAAAACUGAUGUCCCACGAAUAAUUGGAAGUCUUACACAACAGUUUUGUCCCAGUUAUUUUAGUUGAUAGUAUUGAUUGUAUGCAAAUAUAAUUGUGUGUUCAAAUGCUUUUCAAGGAACAAUUUGUCUCCACAAAAUACAAUCUUUGUUUUGUGCGAUAUACUAAUUUUUAUAAGAGCCCUAAAAGUGUUGCGGUUCUCAGAAAAAAGGAAGUGGGAAGGAGUAAAAGGAAAAAUUGAAUUUCAUAAAACUGGUUUUAUAUAUUUGAUGUUAUAUGUUUUGUGCAUUUGGUUUGAAAGCACACCUAACUACAUUUUUAAUUGCUGUAUGUAAAAGAAUAUGCAGACAUUUUUUGCUACCAGGUUAAAACUUUUUGUUUUGUUUUCUUCUGUUUGAUUUUAUGAAUCAAAUAACAAUGUUUUCCUUUCAAAUAGCAGAGGAGAUUGUUUAAGGCAGUGGCUAUUAGUAUAGAUAUGGUACAUAAUAUAGAAUCAACAGUUGAACAAUCAGUGAUUUGCUCAAGUGUAACAAUAUUGUCAAUACAGAUUACACACAUGUAAACUAUUCAUAUCUUUAAAUAAGCCUAUCACCUAUAAGUGGAAGAAUUUCAUUCUCAUUUCCAUCAGGAAUAUUGUAGAUUAAGAAUUCUUCACAUCGUGCAUUAUUUGUAAUACCAAAUGAUCUUUGCCAGGAUUUUUAAUUUACAUUGUUACGUCACCUUCAUUAAUUGUGAUAUAUUGAAAGGAAACAUUAUUUAUUUGUAUGACUUUUGUAAUUUUUUUCAUUGUGAGGAAUGAAUCAUUAAAUCUUUUCAUCAUUGUAAUUAACUCAUUUUAGAUUUUUUGCUACAGAGGAUUGUUUUGUCUCUACAGUACAUGGUAAAUCUUUACCAGGUCGGGAAAAGCUAUGUUUUUUCGCUACAGUAUAUGUUAAAUCUUUACCAAGGUGUGAAAAGCCUUGUUUGUCUGUACAGUAUAUGUUAAAUCUUUACCAAAUCAGGAAAACCUUGUUUGUUUUAGAUGUCUAUGGAGUGUUAACAAAGUUAUUUAUAAGUCAUUCAGUCAUGAUUUGGAUGAAAUGAGACCGUAAAAAACAACUGUACUUUGAAGUUUUGAAUAACAGUCAUUAGGACUUGAUCAAUUUUAUUGCUAUAUUGGUGUAUAAACCAAACCAAACUAAGUUUAGUUCUCUUGAUCUUAUUGCAUCAGUAUAUGGCAAACAAAUUUCUGAUAAAAGAAUAAACUUUUGAUUUUACUUUGUCUGUAAUAUAAAAGAAUUCUGUCAAAUUAAGGCAUUUUAUCUGAAGAAAGUAAAAUCAAAAUUUGAAUUGUUCAUUGCUGUUAUGCCUGUUUUUAUAUAAUUUAAAACUUUUGUGUCUUAUUUAUUAGAUAGUAUUUAGGAAAAAAUUAAAAUAAGUAUAGAACUUUGCUCACUUGAACAUCUGUAUGUCUUUAAGUUAAUAAUUAAAUGUGGAGUUUUGUAAAGAUAUGAGUGUAGUAUGACUGUUUUAAUCAUUGUGUUAUAGCUAAUUUAAAGUUAUUUAUUCAAAUAAAUGUACAUUUAUGCAUACAUUUUAACAGAAUAUUGGAUAAUCUUAUCUGCAAUAUUAAACACUUUUAUUCUUAAAAAAAAUCAGAUUUAUGUAAGGGGUUUAAUUAUAGAUUAUUUUGCAUGAUCAAGUACAUCAGAAGUAUAGCUUGAGUUUUUAAUGUACAUGUGAAGUCAUGUGUGUGUUGAUACACUGUACACAAUGAGGUUCAGAGCUAUUUUAUGUGGAGAUAAUAAAAGAUUUAAGAAAAUUAUAAAUUAAAUUUACCCUGUUCUAAUCCUACUUCCACCUCAACAUGGUAAGAAUUAGGAGUAUGAUAUAUGACAGACACAUAAGAUGUAAUCACAUCAACAAAUUAUAUAAAAAAAAAAUACAACAUAUGUUUAAUAUGUGUUUCUCUGUUAAUUGGUUCAAAUCAUAUAUUUUAUAUUGGUGCAAAUGAAAAGUACAUCUGCGCAAAUGAAAUACUAAUUAGUGCAAAUGCAAAAGACCAGUUAUGCCAUAUCAGUAAAAUACAAAGGAAAAUAAAGAUAGAUAGUUUAAAUACGGUUAUAAACAUGGCAUUGUUGUAAUAAGUUGUAAUGAGUUAUAGCAACAUCUUAUUUGACUCCUGAAUGAUGUAUAUUUUUGCAGACCUUUUAUAUGUAUUAUGAAAGGAGGCUUAAAAGCAGUGUUUCUUGAAAAAUAACAUACUUUAUCACGAGAGCAAUUCCAUUAGAAUUAAUGUGGAGGAUUAUGUAUAAUUACAAAAAAGCUUUGAUGGCUGUGGGAGGCUUUGUAAGUCCCUUCCAUUUCUCCCAUUUCAAUAUUAAUAAUGAAAUAUCCCUAAAUUCUAGAUGCGAAUUCUACAGUAAUGUGUGUCUUAUUGGGCAUUGUAUUAAUUGUAUUGAUUUUUGAUGAAUGGAGAGGUCUUUUACUAAUGCAAUGCUGCAAUGAAAGUACAUGCAUACCCAACAUAUCUUUAUUCCAAUUUAAACAAUGAUUUCAUGUAGAUUAAAAUAUAUCUAAAUGUAACUAUAACAUGUAAAUUUAACAGUCAUCAGAAGUUACAUGUUAUUAUGGUACUCAAUUUCUUUUAGUUUUAUAUCUAAUGCAGCCACUAUUGUCUUGUAUAUAUAUUUUAAAUUUUACACCAACAAAACAUUUGCUCUACUUUGAUUUGACCACACUUAUCGCACAUUUAGUUUCAUUUAUUUAUCAAAAUGACUUACAUUUAUUGUAUUAUGUAAUUAAUCAAUCAAUAAUCAUAGUUCUCAUGUAAAUUAUCAUUGAUGUUUUGUAUCAUGUCAUUGUGUUUUAUUCUUAUGUACAUUUGAAGUAUUUACAAGAAGUUGUAAAAUUAUUUUUUAGAAUAAAACAUCAUUGUUUUCUA